AUGUGUCGAACCGUUAAAGAUCAUUUAAACGAAUUGGAGCGAGGAAUCAAGUCAGCAACAAAGAGGUGUGUAGCCACCACGUAUGUAGUGUUAGUUGCAAUAGUGGUACCUAUUGAUGAUGUACUGAGCUUUAUACGCCCACAAGCUAGCGGAUGGUGCGGAGGUGUCAUAGAAAUAACCCUGUUUAACAUCACAUUUCCCGGUUCCGCCUUGAAGAAAAACUGGCUUACUGGAGGCUUUAAUGUGAAGAAAUUGUUCAUCAGUAACUCCGAACUAAAAGCAAUUGAAAGCGAUGCAUUCAAAUCACCCGUUUUCAGACAACUUACUGAGCUUGAAAUUUCUUAUGCUAGUAUUGCUUUCUUGAAAAAAGGAUCUUUUGACCAUUUAACAUCACUGACGAAUCUAAAACUAGAUCACAGUGUCAAUGAUUUUUCCACAGAAUACUUAGAUGGAAUACAAAAUAACAUUAAGCAAAUCGAAAUCCAUGGUGUUUCAGACUUGCAUGCGCCGAAUGAGUUAUUUGGAAGCCUCCUGUUACCAAAAUUACAAACGUUGGAUUUAGGAAAUAACAACUUUGGUGACACCAUUAAUGAGAGUACAUUCCAAAAUGUAACUCCAUCAUCUAUUUUAAAUUUAACUGAUUGUAAAAUCAGCUCACUACAUCCUAGAACAUUCAAAGUGAACCGUGCAGGCCCUGCGUCCUUAUACUUGGAGAAUAAUAAUCUGAAAAAAGUUUCAGAUGAGGUUUUUGAACCGAUGGUUGAGCGCUAUAUACGCUUCACAAUUACACUUAGAGGAAAUCCUUGGAAUUGUACAUAUGAACUUUUACCCUUAAUUAAACUUAUAACGGAAAAUGAACGUGUCUACGCUGAUAACCCAAAAUGUGCAUCCCCUCCUGAAUUCGCAGGCAAAGAAUUGCACCCAGAUAUUUUCGUGACUCUUCCAGCUACAACUACUACUGAGGGUUCAAUAUCAUCGACCACAAGUACCACUAAACCGAUCACAACUACAACCGAGAUGCCUUGGCCCACUUUAACAACUACUGCUGAGGGCUCAAUAUCACCAACUGCAAACACCACGUUCACUACAACAACCGAGAUGUCUAGCCCCAUUUCAACGACUAGUACUGAGGGUUCAACAUCAUCCACUACAAUCACAACUAAUGCGAUCACAACAACAACAGCUACAGCAGAAGGCUCAAUAUCGUCAACUAUAUCAACUCCAAACACUACGAUCACUACCGAGAUGUUUAUCCCCAUUUCAACAACUACCACUAAGGGUCCAACGAUCUCUACAACAACCCAGAUUCCUGCAUCCACUUCAACGAAAGAUCCCGAAGAAAGCAGUCUAACAGAAAUAGUAUGUGAGGAUCAUGUAGAGGAUAUAUGCACACCUGGAUCAUGUGACUCGAAGUCGAUUUUGUAUGUCAAGGAAAUGGACAUAAAAUUCAAUAUUUCCAAGGUUUCAUCCAGAGCAGUACAGAUAACUAUCGAGAGACCUGCAAAAGAUUUUUCAAUUGUUUGGUUCACUCCUGCAAUUAAGGAUUUCAACAAAGUUCAGAAUCAUUAUACAGAACACAACUUAGGAUGUGUAGAGCUGGAAAUGCAGAAUUUUACAAUACAGGGUCUUGAGUUAGGAGCUGUUUAUAUAUUUUGCAUUGUUAAGGGAAACGACGCUGAAAUGACUCCUCUGAACUGUCGGUCCCAUCUUGUGGAAGUGGACUGCAACGAAACUGAUUUAUUAGAUCCAGAAAGUAAAACGGCACUAGUUUGGUCUGUAGUAAGUAUACUGGCUGCAGUCCUUCUAGGAGCUGUUACCAUGUUCUGUGUUAUCCAAUUCAACCCCGCCUUAUUGAAAGGAACCAAACGGAUCGUGAUACUGGCCAAGAAUACGGCUGAAGUUCCCAUUAUUCCCAAAGGAAAAAGUAAAUCUGACAAAGUUUUGGGAAUGAAUUCAAUUAAACGAAAUAUCUCUGAUAGACGACUGUCCUCAGUUAGUACAGAGAGCACCCGCGAGUACACAGUUUCAGAUUAUGAAGUGAUAUCCAGCCAAUUGGCUACCACGAUACGUAAAGAUAGUUUGAACUUCGAACGACUUCAAACAAAUUCUCCACCUCCUCUACCGAAAAUAUUAUCUGAGGGAAGUGUACCGCAGUUGACGAUACAAAGUGAUAAAUUGGAGUGUGCUGUCCAGUCAAAUGAAGAUUAUUAUGUUCUCAACAGUCGAGCAUAAAAGUUUGCUGGAUUUCUUUCUUUUAGUAUCCAAGAAAGUUAUUUCACCAUUAUCAAACAUAAAUUUUACU